AUGGAGGAUAAUUCUGAGAGUUCUAGGGCUUUGAAUCGUUCAGGAGUUUCAGAUAGGAAUCAGAGGCAAAACCGUUUUUCCGGCGAGGGAUCAGAGGAUUCUAGGUUUAGAAAGGAAAGAGAUUGGAUUCAUGGUGGACUACAAGUUGAUCUAAACAAAAGCCUAGGAGGGUUUUGUGAGGAUGAAGUUGAGAAUGACCGUUUCUUUUCUUCGGUGGAAUGGGAUGAUAUUAGCUUGAGGCAGUGGUUGGAUAAGCCCGAUCGGUCGGUUGACUUCUUCGAGUGCUUGCAUGUGUUUAGACAAAUAGUGGAAAUCGUUAACGCGGCUCAUUGUCAAGGUGUUGUUGUUCAUAAUGUGAGGCCUUCAUGCUUUGUCAUGUCGUCUUUCAACCAUAUCUCGUUUAUUGAAUCGGCUUCUUGUUCGGAUACUGGUUCAGAUUCUUUAGGAGAUGGAGUGAAUGGCGAACAAGGUGGUGAGGCUAAAACUCCGACAUCUAUUAUGCAUCCGCAGAGUUUAGGAGGUGAAGAUUUUUUGCCUGCCAAGAAUUCGAUGGCUGCUCGGUCUGAUUCUAGUUGCAUGCUGUCAAGUGCUGUGUACGCAGCUCGUGCGUCGUUGAUAGAAGAAACAGACGAGAAUAAAAUGAAAGAUAGGAGGAAGGAUGAAGAAGUGGAAGUAAAGAAGCAAUCGUUUCCGAUGAAACAAAUACUGCAAAUGGAGAUGACUUGGUACACUAGUCCCGAAGAGGUUGCCGGUACUCCUAGUUCAUGUGCUUCCGAUGUUUACAGAUUGGGGAUUCUUCUAUUUGAGCUAUUCUGCCCGUUGAGCUCGAGAGAAGAGAAAAGUAGAACAAUGUCUAGUCUUAGACAUAGAGUUCUUCCUCCACAGUUACUUCUAAAAUGGCCUAAGGAAGCUUCGUUUUGCUUAUGGUUACUACAUCCCGACCCUAGCAGUCGUCCAACACUAGGUGAGUUGUUGCAGAGUGAUUUUCUUAAUGAACAGCGUGACGAUAUGGAAGAACGCGAAGCGGCAAUAGAGAUUAGACAAAAGAUAGAAGAUCAGGAGUUGUUACACGAAUUCCUUUCGUUACUUAAACAAAGAAAACAGGAAGUUGCUGAAAAAUUGCAACACACUAUCGCUUUUCUGUGUUCCGAUAUCGAAGAAGUGGCCAAGAAGCAAACUAGGUUUAAAGAGAUUUCCGGUGUUGAAAUAGGGAGCGAUGAUCGUUCAGCAUCAACUUUUCCAUCCAUGACCGUUAUCGAUAGCGGAGAUUCUGCAUGUUUAGGAACUAGAAAACGAGUCAGACUAGGGGUGUAUGUUGAUGAAAGUGGCGAUAACACGGGGAAUGAUCAGAAAAGUUCGGGAAGUUUUCUUUCAAAAAGUUCACGACUAAUGAAAAACUUCAAGAAACUCGAGUCGGCAUAUUUCUUAACACGAUGCAAACCAACCUAUUCCUCGGGGAGACAGGCGGUUAGACUUUCAUCUAUAGCAAAUGAUGGGAGAGGGUCUGUUGUCAUAAAUGAACGAAGUAGCAUCAAUAGCCUGGCAUUGAAAGAGAAAGGAAGAGACGGCGGCGCAAGUGGCUGGAUAAACCCUUUCCUCGAGGGUUUGUGCAAGUACUUAUCUUUCAGUAAGGUCAAGGUAAAAGCUGACCUGAAGCAAGGAGAUCUUUUGCAUUCGUCCAACCUAGUAUGCUCGCUCAGUUUUGAUCGCGAUGGAGAAUUUUUCGCAACCGCCGGUGUGAAUAAAAAAAUCAAAAUAUUUGAAUGUGAUACAAUCGUAAACGAGGACCGCGAUAUCCACUAUCCGGUAGUAGAGAUGGCUUGCAGGUCAAAGUUGAGCAGUUUAUGUUGGAAUACAUACAUCAAAAGUCAAAUUGCUUCUAGUAACUUUGAAGGUGUUGUACAGUUAUGGGACGUUACGAGAAGUCAAGUACUAUCUGAAAUGAGGGAGCACGAGCGGCGAGUGUGGUCGAUUGAUUUCUCAUCAGCAGAUCCAACAAUGUUGGCAAGUGGAAGCGACGACGGUUGCGUUAAGCUAUGGAGUAUCAAUCAGGGAGUUAGUAUUGGCACCAUCAAAACAAAGGCAAACGUAUGCUGUGUUCAGUUUCCUCUCGAUUCUGCUCGUUACCUUGCAUCCGGUUCCGCGGAUCACCGGAUAUAUUACUAUGACCUACGCAACUUAAGAGUGCCGCUUUGUACUUUAGUCGGACAUAAUAAGACAGUGAGCUACAUCAAGUUUGUAGACAAUGUCAACCUUGUCUCCGCGUCCACAGACAACACUUUGAAGCUUUGGGAUUUGUCUUCGUGUACAUCUCGAGUUAUAGACUCGCCGAUUCAAUCGUUCACUGGUCACACAAAUGUUAAGAACUUCGUGGGAUUAUCGGUCUCGGAUGGUUAUAUUGCUACUGGUUCAGAGACAAAUGAGGUGUUUAUAUACCACAAGGCCUUCCCUAUGCCAGCAUUGCAAUUCAAGUUUCAGAACACCGAUCCAAUUUCCGGCCACGAAGUGGACGAUGCGGCACAGUUUGUCUCGUCGGUUUGUUGGCGAGGUCAGUCGCCAACGUUAAUCGCGGCAAACUCGACAGGGAAUGUUAAGAUUCUGGAGAUGGUUUGA